CGUGUCGUGCGCUUUUCACUUUUGCUGGGCCGUCGUUCGUCGCGAACAAGGUGUUGUGCGUUGUUCGAAUUUGGAUUUUCCUUUCGAUCGGGCGCGAGUGGGAAUCCUCUCUUUUGUUUGCCAAAGGAAGGAAAAAUAGUGUUCAGAAGUUUUAAUUUGAUGCAUUUUUGAUUAUUUGCACCACCAGUGGAUAAAUAGUGUUUUGGGCCGUGCCAAAAGCUGCAAGCUUUUGAAGUGUGUGGCAAUCGUCGCCAUAAAAGUGCGGAAAGGGAAAUGAGUAGUGCAAAACUGGCUCCUGGAUCGGCAACAGUGACAAUGACCACGACUGAUUCGGUCACCGCCGCCAAGGCAUCCCAGCAGACGGUGACCUCUACGUCCGGGACUGGGUCACAGUCCCAGCAGCAGCAGCGUUCCUACGGAAAAAUCGUUCUAACGCUGGAGAACUGUCUCCUCCCGGAGACGAAACUCGAUUUGACGCCCUCGCAAGCGGAUGGAUUGGAUCGCGAAACGGAAAUCGAUUUGCGAAUACUGGGCUGCGAGCUGAUCCAGACCGCCGGUAUCUUGCUGAAACUGCCUCAGGUGGCCAUGGCAACCGGGCAGGUACUGUUCCAGCGGUUCUUCUACUCAAAGUCCUUCGUACGGCACAGUAUGGAAGCGACGGCGAUGAGCUGCGUUUGCUUGGCGUCCAAGAUCGAGGAAGCCCCUCGGCGCAUCCGGGACGUCAUCAACGUGUUCCAUCACAUCAAACAGGUCCGCGGACAGAAGCCCCUGAUACCGAUGAUCCUGGAUCAGCACUACAUUAAUCUGAAGUCACAGGUGAUAAAAGCGGAAAGACGAGUUCUCAAAGAGCUGGGAUUCUGCGUGCACGUGAAGCAUCCUCAUAAGCUGAUUGUCAUGUACCUGAAGUACCUGGAGCUGGAGAAGCAUCAAAACAUGAUGCAGAUGGCGUGGAAUUUUAUGAACGAUUCGUUCCGAACGGAUGUUUUCGUACGUUACCAACCAGAGACAAUCGCUUGCGCCUGCAUCUAUCUGACAGCCCGAAAGCUGAACAUUCCUUUGCCUAACAACCCUUCGUGGUUCCUAAUAUUUCGGGUUAGCGAGGAAGAUAUGUUGGAUGUUUGCUAUAGAAUAAUGGCUCUGUACAAAAGAUCUAAACCAAAUGCUGAAACUUUGGAAGAAGCUGUAGAUAGUCUCAAGAAGAAAUACCAGGAUCAGAAAAAGAAGGAUCGAACGGACACGAACACACCGCCCACAGUGAUCACCGUCGAUCGUAACAAUGGGUCCCACAAUGCUUGGGGUGGUUUCAUCUCACGAGCUCUCCCCGUUACAGCCGGUGGCGACAACAAUGGUAACAACAACACCGACAAAGACAGCAAAAAGUCACACUCAAAAUCGCGAUCACGCUCCCGAUCGCCACGAUCCCGAUCAAGAUCGCACUCUCGCUCGCGUUCGCCGUCUCGUUCCCGUUCCCGCUCACCAUCUAGAUCGUCGCGUUCGAAAUCUCGUUCUCCUCGGUCGAGAACACCGUCGCGAUCGCGGUCUCGAUCGCGAUCUUUUCCGACUUCACACUCACCGUCGCACUACACCGAUAAAAGUGGUUCACGAAAAGGCAAAAAGACCCGUCAUCGAUCGCGAACCCCGCUGAAGACGUCCGGUAAAAAGAAGUCGAAACACUACUCGCGCUCCCGCUCGGUUACUCCCGAUUCACCACCAAAGUACAAAAAGAGCGAAAAGAAAUACGAUCGCCGUCGAGAUGAUCGCGACAGCCGUGACAGUCGGUACAUCAACGGAAGCGAUCGGGAUCGCUCGUCCAAGGGCGAUCGGGAUAAGGAUCGAGAUCGGAAUCGCGAUCGCGAUCGCAACCGUGACAAGGGCGGUUACGACCGGGACGACUAUCGGAAGGACCACCGCGGUGGCGGUGGCGGCGGCAGCUACGGAAACGGGGACAAACGGGACAAAUACAGUAGUAGCAGUAACCGACACACUACUAGCAGCAGUAACGAUAGGCAUCGAUCUUCAAAGCACGACCGGGAUCGGGAUCGCAGGAGAUAAGGCUGUGUUACUGUGGUCGGUUGGGUGUCGUUUUUUUAUACUUCAAGUUGUGGAAAUGCCAUUUUAAAGAGGAUUUUUAGUUACUGAUUGUUUCGGAAAGAGUUACACAGUGAUGAUUAGAAUAUGAACGAGCAUUAUGCGUUGUAUGUGAAAUAGAUAUCAGACGAAUAAUUGAUUUGGUAACUUGAUAUGAUAUGAUCACAGGUUGAGCUUUAAUUUGUUUGUUUAAAAUAAAUUGCAUUCAAUUCAACAUCUUAAAAUGGAAUUUACGCUGAAGCGACGAAUUCGUUUCGGAUUUCUUCAAUUGAAUUUUCUGAUUUGCUUCAAGAAAAGACAACUAUGCCAGUAGGGCAUGUGUAUAAAUUUCUUCACUUUACACUGAGAAUAGAGCAAAUGAAAAAAAAAUAAUAAAAAAGAAACUUAAAAUGCGA